AUGAACAGUCAUUCAGGUUCUCCUCCCACCUCAUUCCAGCCCAUCAAUCAGGCAAUGAGGCAGCAUCCACCCAAGAGUGUAGAACCAAGAGAUAACCACAGCAACGCGGACCAUGAUGCUUCCGUGAAAAGCGUUCAACCUCGCGUGCUUCAUCCUCAAUGGACGGAUGAUCUCCAAUAUCAACCGGCAAGAGAAGGCACGAUCUCCGAACAGCAGCCCUCUGGGAGCGAGGAGGCUGCAAGACCUAGCAUUCCAGACAGAGACUGGAAAGUGAUCAGCGUCUUGGACAAACGUAGAAGUCAAGGCUUCGUCGAGCACUUGGUGCAAUGGGCAGCUUCGGAGCAUCCAUCGUCUCUCAUUCGAGAGAGCGACGACGGGAAAUGGACGAUCGGUAUUGCUGGUGUUGAGUAUGGGAUUGCCGAGCGCACGAUGACCGGGCGAGAAAGCAACAUCGGCGAACCUUUGGAACUCGUCAAAUGGAAGCCAAGCUGGCACUUCGCUUGGAACCUCCCCAAGGCUGCUGUUGCCCGAUUCGAGCAGCAACUCGGAGAGGUGAAGACCGAUCCUCAAGAAGUCCUGGAGCUAAGCUGGUGGACCUGGCGAGAAUACGAAGGAUGGUAUUAUCCUCCAGAACCACCGCCACAUGCAGGGAUGACAAAGAGCAUGUCACUCGAAUACCUAGAACCUGAGCUUGACUCAGACUACGUCAUCAGCUUUCUGGAGCAAAUGAGACACUGCGUGCUGGCUGAAGGAGAUGAUCCUUCGAAGCCUUGUAAGAAGACGAUCACCGCCUUUCUGAACAUGAGAAUUCGGCAACGACUCUCUUUCCCGCCGGAUCUCGUGGGCGAAGGUCGAACCCUCUUUUUGAAUCGUGAAGAGCAUUUCCGAGCGCUGAUGGUGUACGCUUUCGAGUUCGCGCGUAUUAACCAAUGCCGGUGCUGUCUUGCUCAGCCAGGUCCAUUCGCCAAAUGUGUGACUUGGAUGGGUGAUUUCGCUGGAGCAUGUUCCAAUUGCGUCUUCAAGCGCCAGAGAACACAGUGUGACUACCACUUCCGUAACUUCCAUCAGAGGCUGCCUGAGCUCGUCCUACUGCCCGGACUGGGUUCGCCUUCGUCUUCGACGCCCUCGGAGUCGUCCGCUAUUGCGUUUCGCAGCUCGGUCGACUUACAAGAACAGUACGAUCCUUUCACUCCAGCGUCGUCGCAAGAUAACGAUCCAGGAAAUGUAACCAGCCCCGAGCUGCCGAUGGAAGUGCCACCCGAGACCAUUCCAGAUGAUUCUCAGAGCCAGGGGACAAGGCUUGCCAGCAUUGAUGCCCACACAGGAAGUGACGCUCUACCAGAAGACACUGAACCUCGAGGGCGAAAGCGCCAGCCUGUCGACGACGGUGAUAAAAGACCUGCCGUGAAAGCGGAAGAUGAUUCUAUUGACGAGCCAAUUCCGAAGCGCCAGCGCCAGGACUCUCAAGACCUGCUGUCUCCAACACUCGAGCAUCGAUACUGCGAUGGCUCUCCCAACAAACCUUGCUCGGAUCCAGAUGUGGGAGCUGUUCCGCCGUUGGACAAUUCCGUCAUUGUCUUCUCCAAGCACAGGUUCACUCGCGCUGGCGAGGCGACGGACGAUCAAGUCCGCUUCAUCUUAUCCAGAUCAGACUGCGCGGCGAACCAACAGCUGCACGAGACGUGGGAGAGUUUGUUGAUCAAGAAGGAGGAGAGGGGGGAAGAGAAUCGUUGGCCGUCCAAGGAGAACUACAUCUCCCAUCGUCGCUGGCACAAAUUGAACGAGCUCAUUCGGGAUCAUUGUCCUUGGCCCAGCCACGGCGACUACACUCUUCGCUCGUUGGUAUCUAGUGCCGCCGCUCCCACGGGGGUGGUCGAUACUGUUGGCGGAAUUGCUCCUCCGACUCGUACUGUGGGUACUCUGGGCGGAGUACUCGCUGCUGUUGCGGUUGCGGUUGCGGCUGUUGAUGGUGUUGGGGUGCGUUCGGCUGCUGGUAGUAUUGAGCCUGGUGGUCUUGUUGGUGCUGCUGAGGUGGGUAUUGCUGCUGGUAUUGUGUCUUCUUGCUGGCCCAGAGCUUCAAGGGCGGGGAAUGGGUCGUACAUGACUUGUGGUGGGAGGGCUGGUGCGUUCUGCAGGUCGAUGGGUGAGGGCUGCCAGCCAGGAGGGAGCUUGUGGUCUUCGACUCUCUUGGGAGGCUUUGCUCCUUCGCCGCUUCGUGGUGUUGAUGGGUUCACGUCUCCGAAGAGUUCGUGCCUCGUGGCCUCCUUGUACAUAGCGUCGCUCAUCGACUGCUUGCUGGUGCUGCAAUGUCCCCCGAACUCACGGCAGGGCGUGCAGAGCACCGGUACAUACGUCGAGCCAGCGGCGCUGCUGGCAGGUGGUGCACUCCAGGCCUGCCGUGGUGGAGAUGGUGAAGUUGUGCGCCACGCCGGCGCUCGCAGGGCCCUCGCUGGUGCCGCGGCUGCGAAAAGGAAGGGUCAUCUCCAUCUGGUUGUUGUUGGCCAUGGUGGCGAUGGAGUGUAUGAUGGUGUUGUCAAGAGUAUGGCGACGGGGAGAAACGGGAUAAACCAGCAGAUGUGA